AUGCAUUCCUUGGCCCCCUCGGACCCGGAGUUGAACCCGAUCCGCCCCGACUUCUCGGAUGUGAACGACUCCAUCCUCGGCCGCAUGCUCACCUACAAACAGCACCAUCGAACUGAUCAGCUGUUCGCCGUCUCCGAUUAUGACAUCAUUACGGAGCUGGUAAUAUAAUAAAAUAAAUUGCAAAAAAAAUUCUGUUUAGCAUCCUGCACUCUCUAAAAUUAAACAAAUCGUGAGUCAGGACGAGUACAGUCAAUCGCUCCAAGAUCAGAGCGUGGUUGAAUUGGUUCUGUCGAGGAUUACAGCAGCAAUACGGUAAAUACAGUUUUAUUUCAAUUACAUAUGUCAUGACGGUGGCUUAUUGUAAAAGAGACACAGAUCGAAUUUCAUCUCGAACGUUGCAGGAAGAUUGAAUUCAUUUUUUGCGCGAAACAUUAUGAAAAGUGAAGAGGAAAGAUAGAGAAAAAUAAAUAUUUUUUUGCAUUUUGAUCCGAAAAAAUUAAUUUUUCCAAUGGCUUUUGCAUUCAAAAUCUGUCCAUUCAAAAAAUGAGCUUUUCUCCUAUAAAAAUUACAGUACAGUACUUAUAUCACCUUUUACAGAGAGACCAAUUGUAUCGAGACUUAUGCUCCGGCUCUGAUUGACCUGUUCGAGACUUGUUUGGCCAAAGCCAAAGGCCAAAAAAGAAACCAAAAUGCUCAUGAGAAGUUGGCCGGGGAGCUAAUGAGCACUUUGUUCUUGGUAAGUCUUCCGAAGCCCUUGAUUUCAAUCCAUUUACAGUAUCAUAGCAAGCAAUCCGUGAUGACAGUUACCAUUCCCAGCACAAUUGAAGCCUUGGACAGUAAGAACGUGGAGUUGGUGAGGAAUGCGACCAGUUAUCUGUCCCUUGGAGCUGUUCACAAUGGGCGUAUAUUAGCUCAAUAUGCCGUCCAGUUAAUUACAAAAGUCCUCAAAGGUGAGUCAUUGUAAAUAUUGGUGUAAUAAUCGUUACUUAAGCAUAUUAAACGAUAGUUUAGGCAAUUUACCUUUGGUCCGUGUACUCCCUCAGAUAUAUCCGGAGAAUAAAGAGCCCUUUCACGCCCAUUUAUCUCAACUUUUGGCUUUAUUAUAUGACCCCAGAACCGACCAGUCGGAAAAACUCUCAAUCCUUCAACUUAUCUCUAUGAUCGCUGGCUUUAAACCUGAUGUGAGUGAUCUAAAGUAACUAAAUCUACUCGCAUUUCAGCUGAUUGUGCCUCAUCUAAGUGAAUUUGACGACUUUCUUCUCAAUCCCCACACUUGUUCCUCAACUUUGGUAAUCUUUGCCUCCUUGAUUAGUUGUGGCCGAGUUGGCUGUCUAACUGGCCAAUUGGUCCCGUUAAGACGGGCUGUCCAACAACAAGGCGUCUCUCAACAUAAUCUCCUCACAAUUGUCAAAAUUCUCUCAGUCAUUGCCCGAUCCAAUCAACAAAUGGCUACGGUGGCUACCCAAGAUAUUCUGGCAGUGAUGCCCAAAUUGACCGCCAACAAUCUUCCUGCUGUUUUCAAAGAGUUGGAAGGUAUGGAAAUCAUGGUUCCCAAGGUGAAACCUUAUUACAGAAAUCUCCAACGUGUAUCCAUCUGCUGUCUUCUCGUCAACUCAUCAGAUGAGAGAUUUCGUCAACUCUAAUCCCUCCCUUUUGAGUGUUUACAGUCGAAUCCAGACUUCUACUGCGUAAGUUGUCCACACGUCAUUCAAAUAUUUGUAGAAACUGUCUGAAAGACGAUGAUAGCCGGAGUAUGUCGUCUUCUCAUCGACAUCUAACACCUCCAUCUCUAAUUUUACCCAACGAUCCAGCUCCUCUGAAUGAUCGUCUUUCUUUGGUUACACUGAGAGAUGAGAACGUUCAAAAUUUGGAUAGAAAUACCCAGAAUCUGGCUGAAAUAUAUCGACAGAGAUCAAGUGGGACUUCGCUGAGGAAAUCGCAGAACAGUAUGACUGGGUAAGAAACUUUGGAAUUUUGCGACAAAUUAAUGCUAACUGCACUUGUUUUCUCACAAUGCAUGUCGCAGAAAUCAUUCCAGCGACUUUCCGGACCAAAUACAGGGUGUUCUGAAAAAUCCCCGGAAAGUUUGAUCAAUUUCUUUGCACUCAAUCAAGAUAUCUACAGUGGGGGGACCUGAUCCAGUGGCAAAAAACGUCCCAUUUUGCAUCCGGGAAGCAUCAAAAAUCUGGCAAAAUGCUUCCCUCUCCAAGUGAAAAAACUCCGAUUUCAAAAGGGCGCCCGCUCUUUUUGUGAGGGAAAUGGCGCGGCCUUCAAAAUGAAGUUUUUUUUCACUUGGAGAGGGAUGCAUUUGGCACAUUUUUGAUCCUUCCCGGAUGCAAAAUAGUACGUUUUUUGCCACUGGAUCAGGUCCUCCGCUGUAGAAGAUUCCUCUUUCAGGUGAAAUAGAAUGACGGGCGGCUUUAGGCUGAGAAAAAUUUUUUCAGAAUUCGGCGUAAUUCUGGCGGAGGCGUUGUUAACAAAAUUUUGAAAUUAAUUGUUACUGAGUUAUUCACUUCAGUCUAUAACAGGGACUGGAAGUAAAUAGUUUUUCGAUACGAAAAGUGAAAAAUGUUCCUUCGAGCCCUUACUCGCAGGGUACAUGAACCGAAUCCCACUGUUACACGCCCGGAGACUUCUUUCCGCACGUAAGAACGGCUACCGUAUUACUGAACAGUCUACGAAGCAGCUGGGGUGCGUUGAAAAGUUGAAUGGAUAGAAUGGAAAACAACACUCCUUUUAUUCGGCUGGAAAAGAAAAAAUCGGAGACGAAAUGGGGAGAGAAAGCAGCGAGACAGCGAGAAAAGCGCACUCUUUUCUCUCCCCUUUGGUCUCCUGCCGUCCCUUCCUCUUGCGUUCUUUUUAUAAUAAUUAUUUUUCGCUGAUAAUUGGGAGCCGGGUAGAAGAUGACGUCUACGGAAAGAGCACUACUUUUAUGAACCAGGGGAUUAUCAGAAAAUUACAUAGCAAUAUUAUAACUUCAGCAAUGGAAAUAACAUUAUCCUUUUUUAGAUCCCACUAUCCCGAGGAUGGUCUCAAAGAUUAUGAUGUAAUGUCAAAAUCUGCAACAUUACCGCCUUCCCUGUUACCGCGAAUACCUUCGCACAUUUACGAUGGCAUCAGAAUCCGCGAAGAUGGCCGAGUCCGGCCUAUCUCAUAUUAUUUUAAACCCCGAGGACAAAUAACCGAUCCUAAGUCUACGACAACAUUUCCUGUUUUGGACAAAAACCGGGGUAAGAGACACCCAAACAUAUGAAAAUGUAAUCCUUCAGGUCAUCUGAGCGGCUCUUCUAUCCGAAUGAUCGAUGAACAUCAAAGGGGACAUCGGGCACAAUCAAAUGAGGGUAAAAGGCAAGAAAACAGCAAUACUUUGAGUCGAGAAGAGAGAGGAGAUGUGGUCAAGAAGUUUGUGGAGCAUCGGCGUUCCAAGAUUAAGAGAUAUGUCAACGAAUUGACCUGUCAAUAUCCAAUACCUGUCAAGUGUACGGUAGAAGGGGUGAAGGGAUCCAAAACAAGGAUGAAGGUCCACUUCUCCUGUCAAUUGAUGGGCCCUCAUUGUCUAUUUGACAACUUCGAUCAUCUGUUUGUAUUCAAGACCAAGUUCCCGGAGAUCUGGCUUCACUUGAUGUUCCUCCAAGUCCAAGUUUCCCACAUUUUCCAUACAAAUCAAGUGUUAGAUCAAGAUUCCCCUGAAUUCAAAACUCUCCAGAAUUGUUGGGAUUGUCUAUCCAAAAAUGUAACCAAUUCGAGGGCUUUUGUGACUCUGGUUACAUCCGCCUUUCCCGGAGUUAAAGAACAAUCUCAGAUGCUCAAAGAACUGCAGGAUUCGCACUUCUUCGAUUCCUUUGUUUACAUCGCAGGUGAAAAUAAAUGGGCUUGCUUCAGUUGUGCCCAUCCCGACAGAACAAAGUAAGUCUAUGCUUUUUGUUAGUACUUGUCUUCUCGAUUUUCAAUUUUUGGAUUUCAGAAGUCUCUUGAAGACGAGAGACCCGAGAAUUCCAAUUCUUGAGGGUCAAUUGAAGGAGAAGAAGGGGAAAUGGCGACUAUUCCAUCGAUGGCACACUAAAUACUUUACUCUCUCCAGCGCUGCGUUAAUUAUCUCAACUGAAAACCAAGUAAGGAUGUCAGCGGAUUACUGAAUUUUCUUUGAGUUUUUUUUUCGAAAGUUUGGAUUAUUAAAGCUUUUACGUUUUAUGCAACUGUGGCUUUCGGUCUUGGCUACCGUAGCCUUCACUUCUGAUAUUUUAAUUCAUUUUUAGAACCGUCUACCCUAUGCAUCUCCAUCCAUUGAUCUGUGCAAAAUCAAAUCCGUCCGAUCUCUGAAUCGUGGGAAGAAGACGAGGAAAAGUUUGCCUCGGGCGUUCGAAGUCCGAACCCAAGAUGACCACUCCUUCGUAUUAAAGGUGGGUCCGUUGACGUCAUCCUCUAAUUUACGUACAUUUUUAUAAAAUAAUCCUCUUUGUGACGUCAUAAUUUUAUAAUUUGUAGUUGAUGCAAAUUGCAGUAAUAUUUUAUAAACUAUAGUAAUCUUGUAGAAGUUACAGUAACCCUUUAAUCCUCUUUCAGGCCAAUAAUCAGAACAACGCCGAGGAAUGGUUUCAUUCCAUCCAAAUUGCAGUAGCCCAAGCCCAGAAGACGAGUCGAUAA